GUUAAGUUCCGAAUGACAAUGACAAAUUGUCAUCGCUUCUUUUUUAUCUCUUUUGCUUUUCUCCAAAACUAAAAUCGAAAGCAGUGUUUUAUAACUUUCCACAACAUUUAUUCACAUUUUUAUGUGUUUAUAGAUUUUGGGGAUUACGCAUUAAUACGUAAAAAUGUCAAAUGUAUCGAAGAGAAGACGGGAAGGUUCCAGGUCGAAGAUUAAGAGUAUGGGGGACCACAAAGAGUUCUUGAAGCGCAUCACUAAAACUCUUUAUUACGGACAGCUUCCCACAUUGCCCUGUCUGAGCUUGCCUGUUACUGAGGUGUCAUGCGAGCUGUGGUCGGUGUCGCAGCGUGGGCGGUCGCUGCGGCGACUGCACGUGGACGCGGCGGCCGCAAUCGCGCGCCAGGCCUGCGUGUCGCCGUGCGCGCUGGUGCUGGCCAUCCUCUACCUCGAGCGCCUCAACUCCUGCAACCCCGACUACCUCGCCUCCACCGCGCCUGCCGAUCUCUUCCUUGUUUCCUUGAUGGUAGGCAAUAAAUUCUUGCAAGACGACGGUGAAGAUGAAGAAGUGAUAUGUUCAGAAUGGGCGGCUUCAGGAGGCCUGGAACUCAACCAGCUCAAAAAGUUGGAAGUGGAAUUCCUGAAUGCUAUAGAUUGGAAUGUUUUUGUGAAUGAAAAAUCAUUCGAGUCGGGACUACAGUGGCUAGAGAAACAGGUGGCGCUGCGGCAGGGCCGCGCUCGGGGCUUCUUCACAUACGGCGAGCUGCUAGCGGCGGCCGGCGGCGCGGGGCUGCGGCGCGCGGGGCUGCUGCUGGCGGGCUGCGUGGCCGCGUUGGCCGCCUGUCUCGCCUCCUCGCUGCUGCUGCGGCACUCGCUCGCCACCGCCUUCUCUCACACCGACGUCCUCGCCCCGCUGACCUACAACAACGCGACCCUGGACUCCGCCACCGUCGACGUCCUUCUCGAAAUGGAGUCGCAGACCGGGCCGAAGUGCUGCUCGAAGUGGACGCGAUACCAGGAAGAAACUAUAGUGACGAAACGGAAUUGGUACGACGGCGUUAUCGCCGACGACUGGAAGACUUCGGAGCCGUGGUGGUCGACUUCCGUGCUCGAGUGGCUGUACCAGAGCUCGCUCAUCGAUCCGAUGCAGCGCUGGUUGGUAAAGAUGACCGACUAUGCUGAUAUGGUGAAGCGUGAACUUGUGUCCGUGGAGUCCUCGAAUAUAGAGUGUUGUGACGAGUAUGUGAAGCGUGUGCCUCAGCGUUGCGUGCGACAGUGGCUGAAUCUCAGCAAACUGAGUGUGUUGGUCUCUUCUGUGUCAGAUCGGUGAUGAGAACCACAGGGUUCUAUGUAUUUAACUAUUUUCUAAAUUUUAACAAACCAAUGUUGAAAGCUCAUUGUAAGCAAUAAAAUGUUUCCUUAUUUAAAGCCCACAAAUAUUUAUGUUUUUAUGAAACUGCUGCAACAAGCUCAACUAAAAAAAUAAUAAUAAAAAAACAGCUAACA